ACACUUUUGCCGUAUAAAAAGUGGCCUCCCUCACCAAUCCCUUCUCCGUGCGCCUCCUUUCUCUCUCCUUAUCUCCUAUCUCGCUUUUUCUCUCUCUAAUUUUCUUCCUCUUCGGAGACCUCGAAGCAACGAUGUCGGCCUACUGCGGAAAAUACAGCGAUGAGCUCAUCAAGAACGCCGCUUACAUCGGCACCCCAGGCAAGGGGAUUCUCGCAGCUGAUGAGUCGACCGGCACAAUUGGCAAGAGGCUGUCAAGCAUCAACGUGGAGAACGUGGAGGAGAACCGCCGCGCCCUCCGUGAGCUCCUCUUCUGCACCCCUGGCGCCCUCCAGUACCUCAGCGGAGUGAUCCUCUUCGAGGAGACCCUCUACCAGAAGACGAAGGAUGGCAAGCCCUUCGUCGAAGUCCUCAAGGAGGGCGGUGUCCUCCCGGGCAUCAAGGUCGACAAGGGAACCAUUGACAUUGCCGGCACCAAUGGUGAGACCACCACACAGGGCCACGAUGACCUUGGCAAGCGCUGCCAAAAGUACUACGAGGCUGGUGCCCGCUUUGCUAAGUGGCGUGCUGUCCUCAAGAUCGGCCCUAAUGAGCCAUCCCAGUUGUCAAUUGAUCUCAACGCCCAGGGUUUGGCUCGGUACGCAAUCAUCUGCCAGGAGAACGGCCUGGUCCCAAUCGUCGAGCCCGAGAUCCUUGUCGAUGGGCCCCACGACAUUAAGCGAUGUGCAGACGUGACAGAGCGUGUCCUGGCUGCUUGCUACAAGGCCCUGAAUGAGCAGCAUGUCCUUCUGGAAGGUUCUCUUCUGAAGCCCAACAUGGUGACUCCAGGAUCCGAGUCACCCAAAGUUGCCCCCGAGGUGAUAGCCGAGUACACUGUACGGGCCCUCCAGCGAACGGUCCCGGCAGCUGUCCCUGCCAUUGUGUUCCUCUCCGGAGGGCAGAGUGAGGAGCAGGCAACUCUGAACCUGAACGCGAUGAAUAAGCUGAAGGGCAAGAAGCCGUGGUCGCUGUCCUUCUCGUUCGGCCGUGCCCUGCAGCAGAGCACGCUCAAGGCGUGGGCUGGUAAGGUGGAGAAUGUGGAGAAGGCGAGAGCGGCCUUCCUCACAAGGUGCAAGGCCAACUCGGAGGCGACGCUCGGGGUGUACAAGGGAGAUGCAGCUGGCGGUGAGGGUGUCUCAGAGAGCCUCCAUGUGAAGGGCUACACUUAUUGAUCUCGCGCAGAAUUCAUGGAAAUGUCUGUGCUUUCGCAGAGAGUUCUUUUGAUGCUUUAGGAGAUGAUUACAAUAAGUUUGAGAGUGCUUUCAGUUUUCUGUGUCUGGAUGUUUAAUCAUCCUUAAUGACGCUUUUUAUUUUUGAUGAUGUUUCAUUUUGUAGUUUGACAUUUGCGGUCUUAUGUUAUGGAUGUGAAAACUUGCUAAACUACCUGCGUUUUCUUACUUUCUCUUGGUCACAGCAAUAACACCGCACUUUCAUUGUUUUAUGCAUA